AUGGACAGACAGGGAAGAACAGUCAUAAUCGAGCCCGAUAACGGCCGGCGGUACCAUGCAUACCAGGCUGGUAAAUGUCCUUGGCCAAACGAUGAAGAAGAGCAGGACCGACUAGACUUGUUUCAUCACGUCCAUGUACUCGCACUCGAUGGUGCGUUAUACAGAGCUGCCAUUGAAGGCGAUCCCCCGAAUGUCUUGGACAUCGGGACGGGGACAGGCAUCUGGGCCAUAGAGAUGGCGGAGCAGCAUCCCAAUUCGGAAAUAUUAGGCAUCGAUCUGAGCCCCAUCCAGCCUUCAUGGGGCCCAGCCAAUUGCAGGUUCAUGGUGGAGGACGUCGAGCUGGAUUGGUCAUACGGAGGGCAGAAGUUCGAUUUUAUCCAUUCGAGGGGAAUGAUUGCCUGUAUCAUGGAUUAUAAGCAUAUGUACCGGCAAGCCUUCGACCAUCUGGUUCCCGGCGGUUGGAUAGAGGUGCAAGAAUUCGAGACGAGAAUACGAUCAGACGCGCCGUGUGAUGGAUCAAAGCGGAAACACAUUGAUGAAUGGCUGCGAUAUCUGGAUGAGGCCACCAUCUCGGUCGGGAGGCCGCUCACCGUGGCUGGGGAGCAGAGACAGCACCUGAUUGAUGUUGGUUUUGAGGACGUCGAAGAGGACAUCUAUCCGAUACCCUUUGGGACCUGGCCAAAGGACCCAAAGUUCAAGGAACUUGGGCGGUUUCAACUAGCACAAAUGCUGCAGGCUGUUGAUUCGCUGUCUCCCGCCGUGUUCUCACGAAUCCUCCAUUGGGACGCCGAACGCGUGCGACAGUUGACAUCAGGAGUGAAACGGGAACUCAUGGAUCGUUCUCUAAACCUCUACUGUAACAUCCAUUUUGUAUAUGGAAGAAAGCCAGGAAUAUAA